AUGGUUGUGAGACCAAGUAAAAAUAAGGUUCUGAGGGGACACGGUCUAUGGGCUAAAAUUCUUCACGGCGGUAAUGAUGCCCAGUUGGACUGCAUAUGUAUGACAGCCAGCACAACCGUCAGUGGUACAAAAUAG